AGGCCGCCUCUAAAUUCUUCUUCGUAGAGCUCUGUUGUUCAUGCUUGGCUAGAGAAGUAGGGUUUCUGUAGUGAGAUGGCUGUUGAUCUGAUUGGCUACGCAAAGAUGGAGGAUAAGAUGUCGAUUCAGGACGCGGCGGCUGCGGGUUUCAGGGGAAUGGAGAACCUCAUCUUUCAUCUCAACCGCCACCAGCAUAAAUCUUCGGUUUCUUCUACUUCUGCCUCGUCGGAAGCAAACAUCGACUGCCGGGAGAUCGCUGAACAUACCGUAUCCAAGUUCAAGAAGAUGAUCUCUAUACUCAAUCGCACCGGCCACGCGCGAUUCCGACGCGGCCCAGCAGGUGUUUUCGCGUCAUCUGUCGUCACAACCCCGCCGCAACCGUCUGUUUCGCUCCAUCCGACCCCGGCGAUGACGGCCCCUGUCGUUCAGUUACAGGGCCUAACGCUCGAUUUCACCAAGUCGAGCCCCGUCAGCGGCGCAUCGAAGGUUGAUUUAAAUAUUGCUGCGGCAACAUCGGCGAAAUACAUCAAGAAUAGCUUCAGCAUGUCAGCGCCAAUGUCGUCAACGAACUCGUCCUUCCUGUCUUCAAUAACCGGCGAUGGGAGCGUUUCCAAUGGCCGAGAAGGGGGGUCCUCCUCCGUCCUCCUGGCCCCAGCACCUGCAAUUUCUGCAGGCGGUGCAGUCCGCAGUAAGCCGCCCUUAUCCUCCGCCAGCAAGAAGCAAUGCCCCAGUCAUGCCCAUUCCGAGGACAUCGCUGGGAGGUUCGCUGGAGGUCGCUGCCACUGCUCUAAGCGCCGAAAGAAUCGCGUGAAGAAGACGAUCCGAGUGCCGGCGAUCAGCUCGAAGAUGGCCGACAUCCCCUCGGAUGAAUACUCGUGGCGCAAAUACGGCCAGAAGCCGAUCAAGGGUUCACCCUACCCAAGAGGCUACUACAAGUGCAGCAGUCUCCGCGGCUGCCCGGCCAGAAAGCACGUCGAGCGCGCGCCGGACGACCCGUCGAUGCUCAUCGUAACCUACGACGGCGAGCAUCGCCACUCUCAACCGUCCGAUCCCAUCGUCUCGGACAACACCCAUUGCAAGAUCUGAGCCGUCCAUCUCUUUCUCUCUUCUCCAAUCAGCAUUCACCCUUUUUUUUAUUUGCACUUGCGUAUCUUCCAUUACAAACUUUUUUCUAUUUUUGCUAUCCCAAGAGGGGGUGAUCUGUAAAAGCGAAAAAAAGAUUGGAAAGUAGGAGAAAUUGGAUUAGUUCAUUUAAGCGCGGAUGUGAGACGGAUUUAAUUUCCAUUUCAAGUCCGUGAUCGGGCGGGUCAAAAUAGUGGGCAACGCGGGACCCGCGGUGCUGACUCGCGUCGACUUUGCGUACCGGUGCUGUUGACUUGUCUAUAAAUGCGCAACCGUUGAAGUCAAAUUGGGCAAUUAAUUACCAACUGUCAUUCCCUGCCGGCUAAGUUAAGUUAUCAUUUAUGCGGAUUAGUUGCCGGUUGACGCGUUAAGCAAAAGUGUCGCUAUAUUGAUUUGAUGCUAAUUAAGUUGUUUUGAGAUAAAUCUGUUUUACUUUGUUUUAAAAUAAUGAAAGUAUUUUUAGAGGGUAGAGAAAAAGGUGGUGGAAUUGAUAGAACUUUGUGUUGUUAGUGAAAGGUUAAGAAAUGUAACACAUAUCUGUGAUUAAUCUAAGAUAUUUGGAUUACUUUGUCUUUA